AUGGCGGUGACCAGCACCGACGAAUUUAACAAGCCCCAGAUAAGAGAAGCCUGGCUUCAAGAGAAGGCGAGGGCGCCGCCGCAGGGCAAUUACAAGAUCCGACUUUUCACCAGGGUGGAAGACGAAAAAUGGGGCAACGUUGGUGAAGCUUCGAACGAGACUCACAUGGUCAUGGGCAUUGCGAUGGUCAUGAGCGGGUGUAAGGGCGCGAGGGGGGCGCGAGGGAAUCAACACAAAGGGCGACUGUAUCAAACGCACCCGAGCACGCGCAGUCAUCCAGCACAUCUGAGUGGCUGGCAAGGGACAGUGCUGGAAAUGCUCGACUUGACGCUGUCAACAUGGUCGGGAAGCCUGCUGUUCAGCGCUUCCACCCACGUGGGAGCCGUCAGCGUCUUCUACGCGUCCGACUCGACUCUGCGCAAGGUCGCCACCAUCGGCCUAAAUCUUGUCGGGUGGGCAGGUCAUGCUGCGAGGGGGGCACGAGGGUCCCGAGGAUCAAGUCCAUAA